AUGGGAAAGAAGGGCAAGAAGAAGGCGAAACUCACCGGAACCCCGGACGUCGUGCGCUUCAAGGGCACACGCGAGUACUGCCUACUCCAGGAAUGUAAAGAAAUCCAAGAAAGUCUCCCCUUUGUCGCGACGGAUGCUCUGGACGAUUUCGCGUAUAAAAAGGUCGCACGGUUCCUCAACAUGGUGGGCCUCCUCGCUGACUACUUAGGCAUCCACUCCAACAAGGACUACAGAUUCAACUUUUUCCAUCGGCUCUUGUCACCGACCCCUCAGUUCUUUCCUAUGGGCUUUGACGUCAAUGUCAUCCGACAGGCGAGGGAAGCCCAGGAGAGGCCGGGCGUGACUUUCAAUGGAGUGCUGCACACAUACCCGGACGAGAUUAAGCUUCUCGCAGAGAGCUUCUUGAAGGAGGUGGACAGCACAAUGACGAAGAUCGCCAGUGAAAUUGAGCCACGGCUCAAGGACGACUUCGCAACUGGCCUGCCACGCUUCAAAUCCGAGCUGAAGGACGACAUCGAGCUCUUCGACCGUCUCUGGAUGGAGUUCGAGGAGCGCUUCGUCAAGGCGCGGCACGAGAUCAUGACCAAGGUCUUCGAGAACGUGGAACAGAUCAUCCAUGUGGAGUUGGAGCUGACGCAGGCGGAGGAGCGGCGGGAUAUCGAAGCGAAGCAGCGGUUGGAGAAUGACUUUGUCUCCGUUGUCGAGUAUUUCACCAACAAGCUGUUUCCCGAGACCGCAAGUGACAAGCUCCCAAACGACGUGAUCCCGCUUGCCGAAGCCUGCAUCUUCUACGAGUCCAAGUGCACCGAAGAAUGGCUCCAUCUGGCCAAGCAUCUGAUCUUCGUGCCUGGGCACUGA